GUGAAACGGGUACAGGAAUUAGUCGAGAUGAGUAUAUUGCAAAUGUUGCUAAGGAUAUAGAAAACAAAAUACCUGAAGUAUUCGAUCUUGACCAGAUACGGAAAGGUUUUGGACCAGAGAUAUCCCCGACGACUGUGGUGCUGUUGCAGGAACUGGAACGUUUUAAUAAGCUGAUCAUUCGAAUGGCAAAGUCACUGGCUGAACUGCAACGUGCCUUGGCCGGGGAAGUUGGAAUGAGCAGUGAACUGGAUGAUGUGGCUCGGGCUCUCUUUAACGGACAGAUUCCUGGAAUCUGGCGGCAGCUGGCCCCCGAUACACUCAAAACACUUGGAAACUGGAUUAUUUUCUUUAGAGCUCGGUAUAACCAGUACAGCAGCUGGGUUAACGAGCGUGAGCCAAAGGUGAUGUGGCUCUCGGGCCUGCACAUCCCAGAAUCUUACCUGACGGCUCUUGUUCAAGCCACCUGCAGGAAAAACAAGUGGCCCCUGGAUCACUCCACCCUCUACACCGAGGUGACCACGUACAGGACCGCAGAAGAGAUCGAUGAAGGGUCUACUCAAGGCUGCUUUGUUUCCGGUCUGUUUCUGGAAGGAGCAGACUGGGACACGGAGCACAGCUGCCUUGCCAAAAGCAAGCCCGGAGUGCUGGUGGUGGAGUUACCCAUUCUGAAGAUAAUCCCCACUGAAGCGCACAGGCUCAAGCUCCAGAACACCCUCCGGACACCAGUGUACACCACCUCCCUGAGAAGGAAUGCCAUGGGUGUCGGCCUUGUUUUUGAAGCUGAUCUUUACACGACAAAGCACAUUUCCCACUGGGUCCUUCAAGGCGUUUGCCUCACCUUGAACACAGACUGACAGCUGCAGCUGGCACCGGAUUCUUCCCACAGAAUCC